AUGUGGCCAGCUACGGCGCCGCCGGCGCACUCUCUAGAGCGGCAGCGCGAUGAAGUGCUUCACGACACCCCUCUUUUUUCUUCUCUCCACUCGUUUGAAGCGCAGGUGGACUUUCUAGUCUCGCGUACACAGACGAAAAGAAGGAAGAAGGUCGAUUCUUCCCCGCCUCCCUUUCGGCCGACUCCGUUCACACAGGGAAGGCCAGCUUGUUCAAGGUCGGUUUCUUCGUCUCUGUCUGCCUCACCGGCGCCUGUAUUCUGUUCACCUUUAUCAAAAACGACUCCUGGAGAUGGCAUAAUCCCCCCCUUGCAAGGGUCCUUUUUUGCUGGCGUUCCUCUCCCCCAAAAUCUCCCGGCGUCCUUCACCUCUGCCCCUUCUCCGUUCUUUCCAGGGCAGACAGAGCCGCCUGCUUGCGCGCGUCUCGCGGGGUGUGCGUUUCGGGUUCGAACUGGAAACACGACCCAGAAAGAUCCCGAAAGAAAAUGCGCGGCCGGAUUCACGACACAAAACGCCCCCUGGCUUCGAGAUGUCGACGCCGUAGAGAACAGCCUCGCUGAGGAACUUCACCGCGUGAGGUGCUGCGUGGCUGCUGGCGAGAAAGCCGAGAGCUUCUUCUCUGAAGACCGAGGGCUCCUUUGUCUUGAAGAACCCGCUUGUGGUUUCGACGAGGAAGAAGACGCUGACGACGCCAGCGUCUCCAACCCAGGAGAGGGAACCUUCCUCCCGUCUCUGCUGCUGAGCAGCCGAAGAAGGGCUGCGUCUCGCCUGAGACUCGAUUGUGGAGCGGAUAAAGCAGUUUUUUUGGGGAGAGACAAACAGGUGACACGAGCGCCGAACACCUGUCGAGGUUUCGCGUCCUCACUGCUAGACCCUCAGGCUCCAUUUUCUCUCUUGGAGGACCGGAACGGAGUGGCGACGAAAGAGCCGUGGUACACCGGCGCUCAGAAGCGGCGCGCCAACCUCGCGGGAAGAACAUUCGAAACAGACGAGCGGAGGACGACAAGCUCCUGGACCGAUGCCUCUUUCCGUUGCGCCGUUCCGGGAACUCCCAGAAGCCGAACUGAGGAGCUGCGUGCAUUGACCCGGAUGGCGUAUCGUCGCUUUGGAGUCAGUCGUCUCUGGCCCAGCAAGCCUCGGAGAAACUUGGAUCUUCCGGACUCGGUUCUGCACCCGUUUCCGUCUCUUCCCAUGGACUGGUCGGCGAAGAAAGGUUUCUUCGCCACGGCGCUCCUCUCCCGUUUGUACACCGCCAACACGGACGACACCUGUGCUCCGGAAGGCGGGGCGAUCUGUCUGUGGGACACGGCGGAGCCGCGAGGCGUCCACGACCCCCACGCAGGUCGGUUUCUUUCGCUGGCGUCUCUAGAGGCUUCCCAUUCUGUCUCUUCAUCUCGGCGAGCUGACGGGGGACUUAACCCCGUCGCUGCGUCUCAGCCGCCAGUCUUUCCUGCGGAGUUCCCGGGACGGCGAAGCGCGGGCGAGGCCGAGGAAGGCGGAGGCGAAGAGCGCCAGCGCGAAUCCCGAGUGAGUGCGGCAGCGUACCUCCCGUCUCUCGCAAGCCAAGAAUUCCCCCCCUUUGGGUACUUUUCCGCCUCUCAAGACUUUGCCGUUCUCUCGUCCUCCGUGCGGCCUGCCUGCGGAAGUUGUCACUCGUUUCUCCGCACCUCUUCCGGGCCCCCGGCCGACGGACUUGAGAGCCCAAGCGCCCUCGGCGGCGCUUCAGGAUGCUGCUCGUCAGGUCUGGCCUGCGGCGUGUCUUGUUCGUGCUGUUCUCUCGGGUCUUUUCCGCUCCUCCCGACGCCGUUCCAGAGAGGCGACGAGAGCUUCGGUCUCGACGCUUGCUGGCGCGAGGGCAAAGCGCGAAGUUCCCUUCCGCAGCCUUCCUUCGUUUCACCCGGCGUGGCCACGCUGGCCCGGACAAGCGAAGCCCCGCGGGAAGGGCCGGAACGCCUUUCCGCCGCUGCGUGCUCGUUACCAAGUGCGUCGGGGGCCGCGUCUUCGGGCACGCCUCUCCAGGCUCUCCCUGCGUUCCUCCGUCCUGCGUCGCUCCCUCUGUCUUCUCCUCCCCCGCCCGGGUCUCCAGCGCGCGCAGACCUCUCUGCGUCCACGACAUCUCGACCCGCUUCCUCCCCGUCCCUUGCUCCCCCCCCCCCUCCGUCGGGGCCGUCUCUCUGUCCGGCUUCCAGCGCCGCCACCGCUGCCGCCUCACCUCCCACCUUCAACCCCAUGGUCACCGCUGUGCGCUUCUCGCGCACGGACGACGCCGUUGUAGCGGUCGGGUUCGAGAACGGCCAAGUCGAGAUCUGGGCGCCUUUUCCCGCCCUCGAGGGCUCGCUCUCGACGCGCCCCGCGCGGAUGACGCGGCCGCUCUGCUCCUCCAGAGAGGCAGUCUCCGACGCGCGUCUCUUCUGCGCGGGCUGGAGCAGCUUGGCCCCUGCGAGGCGCGCGCGGGAGAGAAACGGGUCGAGACACCUCCAACCCGAACGAACGGGGCAGGUAGACACGCGCCGCCAGGACAGAAGCUGGAGAGACGACGGGGAGCGAGAAGCCGCGAGAAGCGGCGGAACUGAGGCAGAGGGAGAGAAAAGAAGGGGAAGGCGGUUCACAGGGCGACGGGAGGAAGGCGAAGGCGGGGUAUCCAACGCGAGAGGAGCCGCGCGAGAUUGGGGCCUUGCCGAGGAAGAGCUGCGAGAAGGGGAAGGAACCAAACACGCCGAAGAGCAGUCGAGGCACUCUCCUUCCAAGACGACGCCAUCGAAGCCAGAAGAAAACAGCCCCGUUGUCUCGCUCACAUGGCACCCCUCGCUGCUUCUUCUCGCGUCGGGCCACGCCAGCGGCAUCGUCGUCUUGUGGCGAUUUUGCGGGAGCGAAAGACAGACGCGGCGCGCCGCUGGAACUCCGAGCGAGGCCGACGCUCAGCAGUGGACACAAAAAGCCCAAGAAGAGGACGCAGGCCUUGUCUUUUUCCACAAACGCUUCCCGCCAGAGGCCUGUCCUCACGACGAAGACAGGACUGCGACGAACCCUCUACAAAUGGUGCGUCUCCACGUUCUUCGAGUCGACCUCGUCUCAUCGUCUCCGUCUUCCUUAUCUUCCUUAUCGUCUUUCUCUUCGUGCCUCGCUUCGUGUUUUUCUUCGUUUCGGUCUUGGGCGUCCUCGCGGUCCGGGCACGUCUCCGUGCAGUCGCCGGUGGGUCCGACUUGCGCGCGUCGGCACUUUCCCGCGCAGAGUGCGGAUAAGAGACUCUGGCGGAAGGAAGACGCGACGGGCGAGAGCAAAGAGCAUUUCACGGAGUGGCCUGUCUCCCUGGCGUGGGACGCAAAGGGCGAGUGUCUGGUGGUCGGGGGGAGUCGCGGCAGCCUGAUUUUUUUCGCGCUCUCGCAUCUCCACGAUUACCUCCGAGAGGUCGAUCGCCUGCAAGCGCGCCUGGCGGGGCAUCUGGAGGAGCUGAAGAGGGACUGGCUUUCCGAACGCGGCGGGCCGGGCUUGUCUCCCGGCGCCUCUCGCGCGGGAACUGCGUCGCUUCUCAGUCCUUACAGGGUGGACAGGCUCGCAGCGCGCGACACGGCGAGAGCAGCCGACGAACCGUCCCCUCUCGAGGCCGAAAGCCCUUCGUCCGAUCCAGGCGAAGGAGCCAGCAGCCCCAGAGAGAGGGAAAUUGAGGCAGGUCGGCGUCUUGGCUGCUGCUUGUCCCCGUCGCUCCGUGCAGUCUCGCCUCGCGGCCCAUCCCCGAGGGCCAGCGACGCAAGUUCUCCGCGCCGCUCAAGGUUGCAUGCCUCGCUGCCUCCCAUCUCUUCGUCGCCGGGUGCGCUUCCCUGUCACGCUGCGUCCGCGCUUUGCAACUCGCGGUGCGCGCAGCCUGGCCCAGCAAGCAGGCGGGAGCGGGGCGGGGCUCCGAACGAGCCUGGCCAAGGAGACCGUCCCUCUGCCGCCGGCCACUCACCUUCCACGAGUUACGCGAAACCGUCCCUCCCCGACUGUCUCCCCUCGCUCGCCACGGUCAGCGACGUCUCCACGCGCACCGGGUCCUCGCCUCCAGAUACACCCCAGGGUGUCUGUACCGGGAGCGGGAGAGAACCGGAGCGGGGGUCGGGGGUGUUUGCAGCCGACUGUCUGUGCAGGGAAUCCGACAGAGGAGACGACCGAAAGGAGGCGGGCCGAAAGGAAGCCAGGCAGAACGCAGGCGACAACGGCGAGGGAGGGAAAGAGAGGGAGGCGGCGUGUGCAGAGAGGGAAUGCGUCGUUGAGGAGCAGAGAGUGCAAGAGAGCCGCCAGAGGAAAGAAACAGACAACCCCUGUCUGGUGCACGAAGGACCAAGCCGAAGUGGUGAAACAGACGCUCUCUGUGGCUCUCGAAGGAACGACGACGGCCUUGUACUUGGCAGUGAGAACGCCACGCAUCCGCGUCUCGCCUCGCCGAUCGGCGAGCCCAGAGGGUGCGCGAAACACCUCCGCGGGGAAGAAGAGCGAUGUCGAGGGGGACCGUUGGAUUCAGCCUCACCCGCUUCGCGAGCGUGUGGAAAAGCGGAGAGGGACGCCUCAUUCGACCAAGCGUCACAUGCGACAGAAAGAUCACGUUGGGUUUGGUGGCAAGACGGGACCCGUGGCCAGCGAAGGGAAAGAGACGAGGAGGGAGGUGAGAAAAUCUACCCGCAAACCCGGUCAACGGAGGAGAGCCGGCGAACGGCGAGUAUCCAAGAUGAAAAGGAAGCGUCCAGCACGGAGUAUGUACACCGCGCGAGCACGUUGCUUUCGCGCUUUCGACGGGCCAGAGAGGACAUUCUCUUCUCUUUUCUCCCGGAGAUACCGCCGGGCGGUGCCGACGUCAAAUCCGAGCUCUGCGCCCCGCUUGCGCCGGCCUCCCUGCAUGCCUCAAAAGAACGCCCACGCGAAAACGGCGAGGAAGAAGAGGAAGAACAAGGAUACGAGUGUGUGCUCCGCCGAGGGUUCUGUCGGGAGGUGCUGGGCAUUAAAAACAUUUUGAGGCGCGCGCAUGCGGGGGGCAUCACCGCGCUCGAAUGGUGCGUCCACGACGCAUCUGUCCUUGUCUCGGCAGGCGAAGAAUUCAAAGAGACAGACGCAGGGGCCGAAAAGAGACCGGAGAGCCUGAGGGACGAGAGACACCUGGCAGGCAGCAGCGUCGCACUCUGGAGAGUCAAGGAGGGAAGGCGACACGAAGCAGAUCUUCUCUUCUCCAUUCGCCUCGAAGGACUUGUCACGUCGUUUCUCUGGAGCCAUUUGACUGGGGAGUUGCUGAUGAGUCACGCGAGUUGCGCGCGACCCUGGGCGCCGUCUUUGUCUUGCUACUCGCUUCCUCGUGUGGCGGACGCGUCGGAUUCGCCUGUCUCCGCUCCGUCGCCGGCCCCGUUCAGCUUCUCUUCCGCAGACGAGACGGUUCGCGCGUUCCAGCGCGAGCUCUCGGCGUCCGGUUCGCGUCAUGGCCCGCCGGGCUGUGAGCCGUUUUUUCGGCGAUCGACGGAGACCGCCGCCGAGCCGCCGUUUCAGGGAGAUCGCUCAGCGUGCGCGUGGAAAAAGAGCAGCAGUCGAGGCCGAUGGGGGGUCACCGUGUGGAGAUACGUGGACGAGGGCUGCUUGUCGUUUGCGCGAUCAGAUCAAGAUCUCUCUCUGCCUCGUUUCGGAUUCGGCGAUCCUGUCAGUGGCGUCAGGAAAGCGGCUUUCCGUCUCCCUGCUCUGGUGAAGGUUGGGGAGUUUGGUACGCCGCCGUGUCUCAAGACGCGCCCUGCGUCUGCGCCUCAGACCUCCUGGCUCGUCGACGCCACGGGCCAGAAUGCAGGAUUUCAUCCGCAAGAAACGGUGUUCUCGAGACGCACAGACGGCGGCGCUGAUGGACAGAGUCGCGACCACCCCGCGCAAUCGAGCGAGAGACACAACCUGGCGCAAACCGCUACCUCAGGGACAGAAGGUCCGAGACCGCAGUUCACGCCCUCUUCUGCUGCGUCGUCGUCUUCGUCUUCUGUGAACUCCUCUUCCUCUUCUACUUCCGCGUCUUCCUCUACUUCCGCUUCCUCUUCUUUUGGAGCGGGCGAGGUGGGAAUUGGCGCAGGCCGGGAGAACGGCGAAGACGUCGCGCGUUCUGAGCCCCGAGCGCGGCUGCAGACGCCGCGGGCUUUCUUUGCCGAGGAGGAUGUGUCUCUCGGCGAAAGGGGCGGUCUGUCUCCCAAGGCCUCAACCGAGGCGGCUCUCUACCUGGAAGUGGACAACGCAAGCUGUCUCAUCCAGAGUGCCGACGGCAGCGUAGUCGCGUACUGGUCUCUGCCGACUGAACUCAUCACCGUCUGGGAGUUCCCCGCGCCGCAGGCGACUGCAGCGCCUUCGCAAGGCGACCGAGACGAAUCGGAAGAACGGGGCGAGGCCGAAGAAACGAGCGACUCCGACGAACGUGACACACAAGAGGGGGAAAGCGUUGAGAGGGAGAGAACGCCCUGCCGUGGCGAGACCGGAGAGUCUGAGGGGCGCGCGAACGCAGGACAGAGAGAUCCGGGGGCGGUUUCGCUUGCGGCGCGUCCCACGGGUGUCGGAGGGAUCGGCAGUUGCUGCAAAGGCGAGACUCGAGGCAAGUUCCCGGCGGUUGGUUUCGUGUCUCCUCAGCUGCUUUUCGCUCGUGGAAAGGCGGAGACGACGCUGCAACGGCGCAGGACGUUCCAGGGUUUGCCGAACCGACUGGAGGUGCGCGACGUCACAGGCCGAGAAGAAACGGAGACGUUCGAGCGCUUCCUUCAAACGCCCCGGUCGAAGGCUCUUUCUCUCUGGGAGGUUGCUGCACUGGAGAGACGGACGCAGACGAGGCCAGGCAGAGACCGAGACGCGACUUUUGAGUGGGCAGAGUGCACGAAGGCAGACGUCGAUUUCUCCGACAUCCGAAGCGAGGGCCGAAACGGACUCGCAGCCAUGAGGUGA